AUGUCAGGGUGGAGCAUUGGAAGCUCCAACAUAUCCUACACCAGCUUCCUCCUAGUGGGCUUCCCGGGGCUGCAGAAGUCCCGCGCCCUCCUGGUGCUGCCCUUCCUCAGCCUCUACCUGGUGAUCAUCUCUGCCAACGCCCUGGUCAUCCACACAGUGGCCGCCCAGCGGAGUCUGCAUCAGCCCAUGUACACACUCAUCGCCCUCCUCCUGACUGUCAACAUCUGUGCCGCCACCACGGUGGUACCUGCCAUGCUGUUCAGCUUCUCCACCCACUUCAACCGCAUCUCCCUGGCUCGCUGCCUGGUCCAGAUGUUCUGCAUCUACUUCCUCAUUGUCUUUGACUGCAACAUCCUCCUGGUCAUGGCCCUAGACCGCUAUGUGGCCAUCUGCUACCCACUCCGCUACAGUGACCUGAUGACCUCCCGCCUGCUGGGCCUGCUGGCCAUUCUUGCCCUGACAAGGAGCCUGGGAGUGGCAGUGCCCUUGGUGGUGCUCACCUCACAAGCUCAAUUCUGUUGGACAGCAGUGAUCCGACACUUCACCUGUGAAUACAUUGCACUGCUAAGUAUAGCUUGUGGAGAUCUGACCUUCAACAACAGGUUGGGGCUGGCUAUGCGGUUGGUCACUGUGACCUUUGAUCUGGCCCUACUGGGCGCCUCCUACACCCAUAUCAUCUAUGCUGCCUUCCGGAUCUCUUCUGGGGGAGCUCGAGCAAAAGCCUUGCAUACAUGUGGCUCCCACCUGCUUGUCAUCCUCACCAUCUACCUCUCUGGUCUUUCCACUUCCAUUGUCUUCCGAGUGGCCAAGACUGUGUCUCAGGAUGUCCAGAACCUGCUCAGUGCCAUCUACCUGCUGCUUCCAGGAGCCUUGAAUCCUGUCAUUUAUGGGGUGAGGACAAAAGAGAUUCGGCAACAUGUAGAAAAGAUGCUCUGUGGAAAGGAAUCAGCCUAA